UUGAUUGGAAGGUCGCCGCGUUUUCUGUUCAGUACUUUGCAUAUAGUUACUGUUAUAUUCUGUUUAUUUCAGCCGUAGUUUGAAUUAAAAAAGUCUAGAAAACAUAGGUUCAGAAUGGAGGAUCUGGGAUCAGUACAACCCAGUUGGGCUCACGGAUUUGACUCCAAUAAAAUCCAUCACAUUACUAAUGAUGUCAUCUGCUAUGUCUGUGGAAGUAAUAUCAAGUUUGUCAAUACAACCAAUAAACAGGAACAAAUAUUUCCAAGCCCUGGGAAUGGCAUUGCUACAUUUGCAUCGUCGCCAGAAGACCGAAUUUUUGCCAUUGCUGAGUCAUGUUUAAAUCCUAAAAUAUUUAUCUGUGAAUAUCCUUCAAUGAAAGUUGUGAAAGAUUUGGAAGGAGGUACACAUUUGGAAUACAAGCUGAUGACAUUUUCAACAUCAGAAUUCUAUCUUGCAACUUACUCUGGAAUUCCUGAAUUUGCAGUGACUGUGUGGGAUUGGAAUAGUGGACAAUUAUUAUGCAAAAAUGAGAUGAAAAUUGACUCAUUACUAACUGAUAUAAGUUUUAAUCCAUUAAACUGGCAUCAAAUUUUUGCUUGUGGACCAGACAUCAUCAAUGUAUUAUCACUUGACAGAUGUAAUGAUAUACAUUUGCUGAAUUGUAGAGAGAUUCCACUUCCUGAUAAUAAUGGUAGUGAUAUGCAUGAGGAUGAACACACAUCACAAUCCCCAGUUCGCUCUGGGAAUAAAAUUCAACUUCUACCAUCAACAAAAGCAAGACUUGUAGGAGAAAAUGCUAACGAUUUUAAGGUUCCCAGUCAACGUCAUCCUCUCAUGCAACCUACAUCUCAUUGCUGGUCCAACAAAGGUGAAGUUUAUGUUGGUUGCAAGAAUGGUCAGUUGUUUUCUCUGGAACCAGACAGUGGAAGAAUUACUAUCUUACUAGCUGGUCAAUUCGAAAAAUUGAUCACAGGAGAGGUAAUCGAUGGAAUGUUCAACACAAUAUCUUAUAAUACUCAAGGAAUAUACUGUGGUGGAAUUGAUGGCACUUUGAGAAAAAUUGUUAUUGACAAGAAUGGAGUCAAAAUCACCAAGGUGCAUGAAGAAUCCUCAGAAAUUACGACGGCCAAUUUUUCGCCAAUCUCAUUUAUGGAUCUUAUUUUUGGAACAAAAUCUGGUUCAAUCUAUGUCUAUAAUACAAAGAUUGAAAAUUGUAGGAUGGUGUCUAAUUCUCAUAUCGGAAGAUUCAUUGGUGCGGGAUACAGUGACGGAGGAAAUAUAUGUGUGAGUUGCAGAGAAGAUGGUACUGUGCAACUGUGGGAAGCUGAAUAUGGAACAUUUGUCUCAAGUAUUUCCAUAGACUGCAGGGCAACAGCAUUUGCCACUUGUCCUUCGAGUUCCACUGUUGCAGUUGGCUGUUAUACUGGACAUAUUUAUUACAUCGAUAUAAAUGAUCCAGAAAAACCUCGGAUUGUAUCUCGCCACAGAAUACACCAGCAAUCUGUAGAUUGUCUCAUUUACACAUCACUCGGUCUUCAUCUUCUCAGUUGUUCAUAUCAAGAAAAAAAUAUAUUUGUGAUAGAUGCAAGACCAAGUGCUCAAUUUUCCUGUGUCGGAUAUAUUGAUUGUCAAGGGAGUAUCAAAAACAUCACAAUGUCUCAACAUUCUGAUGAUAGAACACAUUUUUCCGUUGUUGUUAUACCAACACUGCAGAAAUCAGAGGAAGAAAAUGAUGAAACAGAAGAUUCGUCAACAAGCGAUCGUUUAUUAAUAUUUUCUCUUCCAAACAAUGGGGAUUCUGAAAAUAAGGAUGAAAGAUAUCAAAGCCUGAGAAAAAAUUUCAAAGAUGAUUUCAUCAACAAAUUAACCUUUGACCUGACUGUUCCGUUGGAUUCAGCUAUAGUAACAGAAGUUGAUUCUAAUCUUCAUGUUGUUGCAAUUAGUAGAGAAAACAACAAACUACUGCAAUUUAAAUUCCCUGACCAUCAAGACGACAGCACUUCAAUACAUAACCCUUCGCAUGAAGUUGAUGCUCAUCAAUUGCAAGAUGGAUGUUUGACUCUGUCAUCACAUUGUCAAUGGAUUAUGACGUAUGCUCCUGAUGGCUCAAUAAUUAUUCGGGACAAACAUAACUGGUCAUCAUCUGUAUCUAUCAAAUCACAUUCCUAUCUUACCGGAGGAGUUUCAUCUGCUUUAUUUUCACCUGAUGGACAAAGAAUUUUAUCAACUGGAUGUGGCGAUAAUUCACUCAUCAGCUAUUCAUGGAGUCUGACGUCAAAAGGACGAAUUGCUAUGAAUUCUGCAUUAGAAUAUUUUCGAAACUUGGACAUGAAAUUAAGAAGUAUUGCUGAAAAGGAAGAUGCUGUAGUUGCAACAAUGAAAGAAUGGGAAUUACCAGAAUAUACAGCACCUGCUGAACAAACAGACAGUACCGAGGAUCUGUUGGACAAUGGAGCAGAAGUGGUUGAGAGAACUGGAACAUCUCACAGUACUAUACCUCCAACACCAACUCCAGUUCCUCCUGAAGAUGCGACAUGGUUGGAGGAACAACUGAUUAUCGCUCGAAAACAAGAGAAUUUGCAAUACAAUGAAGUGAAACGAGAUUUGAAGAAAAACAUCAAGGAUUUAAGAAAAACGAUUCUAUCAAUGAUGGCAGAAAAUCAAACUCGGCCCGAAGUUGAACGAUUAGAUCAAGAAGAAUACAAUCUUGAUGUCGAACAACAAAAACAAUUACAAGAAAUGGAGGAAACAAGAGUACAGCAGGUUCGUGAAGAAAUUGAAUUUGAAAAUCUGGCGCAAAAGUAUUUAAAAUAUAUCAUGCAAAAAGAAUUUUGGGAUGACAUGGACGUGAAAGGUCGUGCAUUAAAAGCAUUUAAUGCUCCAACAUGCAUCACUAAUUAUCCAAUGAAAGAACGGCCCAGAGGUGAACAGGCUUUGUUGGAUAGAGUUUCAAGAAUUCGGGCAGCUCAAAUCGAAGAAUUAGUUUCCAGAAAAGAGAUCGUUGAGAUCAGUACGACACAAACAAGUCUCGAAGAAGAAGAAGAGGAAGAAGAUAGUAAUCUUCAUCCUGAUCAUCAACUCUCUCUUCAUGGAAGUCUGGGACCAAAAUAUGGUGGAGAAAAUGAAUUGUUCUAUUCACAAUUUGAUCUUCAUACAAGAGAAGAAAAGAUCAAUCAAAUUGUACUUGUGAAGGAUGCUAUCCGUAGAAUCAAACUAUCAUUCAAUGAAGCAUUCACAAACGCUUAUCAGAACAAGGAACAAGAAAUUGCGAGAGUAAAAGAAAAGAAUAUAAGAAUUAGAGAAAUUAUGGAGGAUUUGGACAUGGAUGCAUCAGAUAUCAAAGAUCCAGUAUUAAGUAUUGAUGAAAAACCUGAGAAAAUUUUAACUGUGUUGGAUGAAGAGGUUCAAGUAGAACAUGUACUCAGUAUGGAACAACAAAAACAAUUAGUUGAAGAACAAAGACAAGAACAAAUCAGAUUGGAAGCUGCACAAUCUGACAAUAAAAGAGAGAGAGGAUUGAAUGAUAUGAUGGGAGGAGUGUUGGAAGUUAAGAAAGAGGACAUAUUAAAACAGGAUAUUCCACUACCUGAAUUUGUUGCUGAAAAACCUGAAAAAGACUGGACAGAUGAAGAAAGAAAAAUGAUGAAAGAACACGAAAAGAAACAGAAAGAUCUUCUUGAGGAACGAGAAAAAUAUCGUAAAAAUCUUGAAAAUGAAUUGAAGAAAAUACAACAAGGAGUUGUUGAGGCCAUGUCAUCAUUUGAUGAACAAUUACUCCAAUUGUACAACAGGAAGGUAAAAACAGAAAUGGUGAUCAAUCAAGAAGAAUCUAAAAUAUUAAGAUUAUCAUCGGCCGUGCUUAUGCUUGAUGAAAUUAAUAUUCAAGAAGAGCAAAUCAACUUUAUGCUGGAGUUUGGGAAAACUAAGAAGAAACAAUUGAAUGAAUCGGAAGAAGAAAUUCGAAAACUUGUCGACGAUUACAGAGAAGUUUACGACAGUGCUGUUGCAGAAGAUAAAAUACUCGAUCGAACAUUUAAGCGGGAUUUUUCAGAUGUUCCGCUGCCUUUGAUUGAACCUCUCUACAAAUUAUAUAAACGUAGACCAAGGGUUCAACGUCAAGCAGUUUCUGAAGACAGAUCUCACAGUUACGAUCCAUAUCCUAACGCUAAGAAAAAUCCUGCAAUGGUUGGAUCAGGUGGAAGUCUUACUGCUGUAGAUGAUGCAACUCAGUCUACACUCAAUGCUUUAAUAGAACUGGAUGAUCCGAUAAACAUUCCUGAAGGCCUUGAUACCAUUGUGUGGCAAAGACUUUGUAGCUCAAGGAAAACUAAAGUAGAAAGUGAACUUUGUGUUAAAAAUCAUGCUUCCACACUUGCGGAGAUGACAAAAUAUCUUCAACAUUUACAAGAUGAAAAUGAAAUGAUGAACAGAGAACUUGAAGACAUUGUUAAACAACAGAACAAGUUGGGAGAAGAUCGAAUGAAAAAUAAUUUGAAUCUAGAAAUUCAAUUCUUAUUAAAGCAAGGUCAAGUUGAAGUUGAAACUGGAGAUUUUAUUGCUGAUUAUGACAACAGUAUCCUAAUACAUCGACCUGUUGUUGAAGAUCUUAAUGCAACAAUCAGGGGUCUCGGAGAACAUAAAGUUGCAGCCAUGACUGAAUGCAAAGACUUUAAAAAAGGAAUUCAUCAAUUGGAAUGGGAGAGAAAGAAAAUGAUGAUGCAGAUGGAUGAUUUGCAUAAUAAAGCUCGACAUAUACAAAUGCUUAAACUUGCUAAAGAUCUUCAAUCGUACUUGAAUGAGGAAAAUCACCAAGCAAGACAUGCAAAACAAAUGUCAGUUUUAGAAGAAACAUUAGCAUUGCAGGAUAAACAUCUGGAAAAGAAUGUUGCACACAAACAAUCUACUAUUCGAGAUUUAGAAAGAACAAUUCGUCAGAAGCAACAUGAAAACAUGUCUCUUGGUAAAGAAACAGAAGAACUCCAUGUUUCUGUAUCAGAACGUAAUAACAUCGAUGAAGUCAAUGCUGCAGAAAGAGCGAAACAUACAGCUGACAAUCGAUUACGUGGCAUUGUUCAAAGGAGAAAAUUAGUUGAUCUUGCUAAAGCGCAAGCCCAGGAAGUCGCUGUAUUACGAGCUGAAGUUGAACGUUUGAGAAUGAAGACAUUCCCAGCUCUUGUACAAAUUGAAAGAUAAUUGUGCUUGUAUAAAUAUACUUUCUUCAUAUUAUAUUAGUAUUUUGCACUGUAAUAAACGUUAAACAAAGUUUGAAA